AUGGAGGAGGAUUUAGAACAUUUUUUGCGGUCAAGAGAGGUCCCACACGACGACAUCAUGCACAUGCAACAAGACAAAGUGGAUAAGGCAGUGCUGUCCGUCAUGACUGAUGGAGAAAUGGCGAAAUACAUAAGGACAUAUGGUGACAGAGUAGCUGUCAAGUCUUUCUGUCAACAAACUAAGUACAGCACAGAUAAAGAGACUCUUCUGCAGAACCUAAGAGAUAAAAUUGCGGCACGGAAACGGCAGCAGAAUGACUCAAGUGAUCAUGAUUUCCCUGACCACUGCUCUGAAAUUAUUGAUCUGACCAGUAUAGUUCCUGAUAAAUCCUUCAAACUAGAGUCCCGGGACAAACUUCCAGAAGAUUUGGAAUUUCGUUUUCCAGACAUAGACGAAGCGGAUACGGUUCUAUGGAAUCCUGAAGAGGAUCUUGUCAGAGCAGAUGGUGAUGACACAGUUGUGAUAACCCUGAAUUAUGUCAACAGUGACGAUCUCACACAGAAUGCCGACACAAAUGGAUUACCUAUGGAUGGUUUCCUGCUCCCAUUGUCUUCAGCUAAUGGCUUGCCCACAUCCCAUAUGCAGUCAAUACAGGAGGAAGCAACCCAGAUUGCACAGGACCAUGGACUGAAUUUCAUCGCACAAGGUUUGCCUUUAGAUUCAAGCAGCCAACUUUCCCCAUCAAAUUCAGGAGACCCACAGAGCCCCCUACAUGUAUCAGUUCGCAGGAUAAAAGUUGUUGAUGAUCUUUUGGCUGUAUUUAUGGACCGUAGCAUUAUGAAUGAGACUUUAAAGAUGAACUUUGUAAAUGAAAAUGCUGUUGAUGAUGCUGGGGUGUCAAGGGAGGUUUACACUGCAUUUUGGGAGCAAUUUUUGGAACAGUGUGAAGGUGAAACUGAACGAGUUCCAAGGCUGAGGCCAGACUUUAGUGAGGCUGAAUGGCAAGCAGUUGGGCAGAUAUGGGUGAAAGGCUUACUAGACCAUGGUGUCUUUCCAGUGAGGCUGUCAAAGGCUUUCAUUUUAGCCUGCAUCCACGGAAUGGACUCAGUUGAUGUAGACAUUCUGAUUGCAUCGUUUCUCAACUAUCUCCCUCUUGUUGAGAGAUCUGCUGUCAACAAGGCUCUCCAAGGCACAAUGGAUGAAAAUGAUGAAGAGGACCUGCUUGAUCUUUUUACAAGGAUGGGUUCCCACUUCCUACCACCUAAGAACAACAUGCAGCCUGCCAUUGAAACAAUGGCUCAUAAGGCCAUUCUCCAAGAGCCAAAGUAUAUAAUGGAUUGCUUCUCCACACCCAUGGCACGUCUGCAGCUGAAACUGUCAGGCAAGGAAAGUGUGUUGUCUCUGUAUGAGACAAAGAAGGCCACAGGCAAAAGACUAGUGCAGCUGUUUGAAACAACAAAAUUGAUGCUGUCUCACGGAGAACAGACAACCUUUAACCAUCUUCAGCGUUAUGUUAAAAACGCUGAUGAAACCAAAGCUGAGAAAAUCCUGCGCUUCUGCACAGGAUCUUCUGUGAUAUGUGUUGACAAAAUUUUGGUGUGCUUUAAUGCUGAAACUGGGCUCAACAGAAGGCCUGUUGCUCACACCUGUGGAGCUACCCUUGAAGUGCCAUGCACUUACAGUUCUUAUCCUGAAUUUCGCACCGAGUUUGACAAUAUCCUUUUCAGCAAUUACUUUGAAAUGGACAUCAUUUGA